AUGACGUACCAGGAUCUAACUCUAAGUAUGUUUGAAAGUGCAAGAAGAAAUGACGGAAUGGUAGAUCAGAAAAUUUUCAAGACGGCCAAAAGAUACGGUUUCAAUAGCGUAUACUUCGACAAGGUUAGCAUCAAUUUUUUAGAACAAUAUAUUACGUAUGUCAGACCUCUUUUAAAUAUAGGUUAAAAGCCAAGGGAGAGGUUUUUAUUAAACUGUGAAGUUUAAUAAAACUUUACAGUUUAAUAAAAACCGAUACCCGCGGCUUUUAACUUGUUUAUAUACUCAUCAGACCAUAUUCUUUUGAAUUUUGGAGGUUUUCUUCAUUAAAAAUUCAAGCUAUAUUAAUUCAAUGAGAGGUUGCUGCAGUUGUGGGACGAAAUAACUAGGUGUAACAUGCGCAUUAACACGCUUUAAAAUGUGGUUAAGCAUGCGCAGUAUAUCAUUUCACGUCCCACAAGCAAAAGAGCAGAUAUUACUGUAUAAAUUCCCUGCACAAGCAUGUUUGAUGGUUGAUCCAGCUAGUCCUCGUGCGCCGAAUGAUAGAUACUCUUACCUAAUGGUAGAGUUUUGACGGGCUCUGAGGUACACGGCUGUUGUCUGUUUCUCGACUUUAGAGACGUGCAACGUUUUCUAGUCGAAAAGGAGACUCAUGCCAGGUCUUGAGUUGAAAAUGUAAAACCAGGUAACUGGUUAUUAUUUUUUCGUAAUAACCGGGUAGCAGGUUAUUACGGAAAAAUAAUAACCUGGUAGCAGACUAGCAGGUUAUUCUUUUUCCGUAAUAACCUGCUACCCGGUUAUUAUUUUUCCGUAAUAACCUUCAACCCUGUAUUUCCCCAGGAGAAAUCAAAUACCACCGCCUGCUUUUAGACUGAAGGUUAUUACGGGGGAGUUAAAAACCGACGAAAUACAAAAGAAUAUGGUCUGAUGAGUUUGUAAAUCCUAUUUGCGACUACAUUUUAGUCAAUCGAAAUGGGAAACAAUUUCAGAAACUUACAGACCUUUUGAGUGUGCUAGUCUUCGAAGCCAUCGGAAAGUACAUCCACCCUACCAGGUACAGAUAAUUGAAACCGAAAGCUGUGUGGCACUUUUGCUAAAUGAACAAAAGUGGAUAUCAGAAGACCAAAAACACAGCUCGAAUGUGGCCCGUGUUCACUAUCAAAAGAAACGGUCUCGCCAAGUAGCAAUCCGAGGACGCUGGUGCAUGAGAAAAUUAGCCCAGACAGAACGUAAGACAGUGAAAAGCGACGUGAAUUCCAACAUGGAAAAUGAGAACGAUGUGACUAACUGUUUUCAUGGACCGGUUUCAGAAAACGACAACGCCACAGAUAUUGCGAGUAGUUCGAGAGAGAAAUCGUUUCAGCGCCGUGCUGGUAUCCGAUUCACAGCCGAAGAGGAUGAGUAUGUUAAGAUUGGCAUGAACAAAUUUGGCUUACGUUGGUCCAAGAUACUGCGUUAUCCGAAUUUUAGUUUUAAUCCCUGUCGAGUUCCAAACAUUUUGCGAAAAAGGGCAGAAGCGUUAAAGUUAGUGUGA